GACACAUCACUUCCUCCUCAUUUAAUUUCUUAGGAGUGAGAGCUUCCAUUUAUCCAUCAAUUUCUUGUCUGCCUUUGUGUCCGCUUUCUAUUUUGUCUACAUCUCAAUUUUCUUCAGUAUCCUUUUGCAAUCUCUGGUUCAUUAAUCUCUUUGUCAGUCUCUUCAGUGGCUUGUCUAUUUUUAUCAGUCAUGUUGCUUUUUACCACUCCCAUGAUUUUGUUUUUUUGUCUUUGUCUCAUCUAUCUAUAUCCAUCUCACAUUGCUUUUACUGUCCAUCUCCUUGCUGUCUUGUACCUGUCAUCUAUUGCCAUCUGUCUCAUUAUUUUUACCUCUCAUCUCUUUGUUGUCCUGUCUCUGCCAUCUGUCUAUUUCAAUUUGUGUCUCUCAUUAACAUCUAUCUCAUCUAUGCUGCCUUGUCUUUCCUCUCUUCCUAGUUAUUAGUUUAUUUUCUCUAGAUUGGUGCAGUCUUAUUUGUACUUUCAUAUGCCUUCUCUUUACUUCCUUUCCCUUUCACUGUGAAGAACAAUGAAUGGGGUGCAGUUUUAUGCUUAAGAAUAUUGAAAUUAAUAGUACAUGCAGUUUCCAGUUUUGCAUGAGUGUUAUGAUGUUAUUUGCAUGCAGCUUAUUAAUGUUUCCAUAUGUGUGGCUUGUGGAGAACUGUUCAUUUGCCUCUUUUUUACUUGCUGCAGUGCAUAGAAAACUGGAAAUAAGGGUAAAAAUUGUGUAUUCUUUGUGCUCAUUUGCAAUUCAUAAUAUGUGUGGUUUGUUACGAGCUGUUCAUUACCUUGUUUAUACUCGUCACAAUGCACAAAAGGCCGGAGCAAUCAUAAAAGUGCAUGGUGUUCACACAUUUACAAUUCAUAAUAGGCGCUGGCACUGAAGACUGAAAGCAUCCAUAAAAAUGCAUGAUAUUUACACAUUUUCAGCUUCUUUCCAACAAAGCUUACCCUGGAACAUGUGAAAGAUGAAAAUGGCACAUCAAGGAAUUUUGUGGCUUGGAAAUCAUGAUGCCAAAGGACAGAGUAUUCAAAGAGGUGCUGUGUUGGCAGUGAGAACAUGUAUUGGUGACCAUGAUAGCUGAGUGAGGGAGUGCUGGAGUGCCUUAUGCAGGAAUGGAAGGAGGACAGGAAGGCAGCUCAGCUGCCAAGAUGAAUAGCAAUAGGAUGGUGGUGGCCCAGAGGGGAGUCAUCCCUCCACCCAAACACUAUGCUGACUCUGCCUGGUUCAAGUACAUCCUGUCAUGCUGUGCGGCCACUACGGCGGAGAUGGUCACGUACCCACUGGACCUGACCAAGACCCGGCUGCAGAUUCAGGGGGAGAAGGGACUCAACGGCAAUGGAGUGGCAAAUGUGCCUUACCGAGGGCUGGCGAGGACAGGAGUGGGCAUCUUGCAGGAGGAGGGACUGCUCAAACUAUGGCAGGGCGUCACACCGGCUGUAUACAGGCACCUGAUCUACUCGGGCACACGGAUGGUGCUGUAUGAGAAGGUUCGGGACCACCUCUUCACCACUCGGCCCGAUGGUACGAGGCCAGUCUGGCAGGCCAUCGUGGGUGGCAUCCUGGUGGGCGGCAUAGCACAGUUCCUCGCAUCCCCGGCAGAUCUCAUCAAGGUGCAGAUGCAGAUGGAGGGCCGGAGGAGGUUUGAGGGCAAGCCACCCAGGAUCCACAGUGCCAGUGAGGCGUUUGUCAAGAUCUAUGCGGCAGGUGGCCUGCGGGGACUGUGGAAGGGAUGCAUGCCCAACGUGUACCGCUCCGCCUUCGUCAACCUGGGUGACCUCACCACUUACGACUCAGUCAAGCGCUACUUCAUGGGCAGCUGGGGCCUCUCUGAUAGCUACUGGACACACGCACUCUCCAGUGCUCUCUCAGGCCUGGUCUCAGCUAUUCUUGGCUGCCCGGCAGACGUAAUCAAGGCCAGAAUCAUGAACCAGCCAGUUGACCAUAUGCAAAGCCUUAAGGUUCAGAAAGACUUGAGGGACUGUAAGGCUGUGGAGUGUGCUAGUGUGUGGAGGACAACUAGGGACAGAAGGGGUCUGCUGUACAAGAACUCGCUGGACUGCCUGAUGCAGACGGUGCGCAACGAAGGCUUCUGGGCGCUGUACAAGGGCUUCGUCCCCUGCUGGCUACGCAUGGGCCCCUGGUCCCUCACCUUCUGGCUCACCUAUGAGCAAAUCAGGAAUGCCUGUGGCACCUCAGCAUUCUAGACAGGAGGGUACACAGUUGCAGUGCUAGCCACAGAGGCUCCUCAGGACAGCUGGUACCCCGCCCGGGGUGGAGGAGCCCCUCACUGACUAGUGUGGUGUCCUGAGUGUCAGUGUGGCCGCUCAGAGCAAGAAAGUGUUGACAGGAGCCACAGAGAGUGAAGUGAAGCCACAACUGGUGUUUCCACGUACAAGAUCUUUGCUCAUGGGAACUCUGCCUUGCAUAGGAUAUUAUUUUAUGGUACAUAUUAUUAUUGUCUUGUAAAUAAUGUACUACUCUCCAUGAGUAUCCCACAUGGUGAGAAGGACUUAAUUCUUCCAUUUCUUGCUUCCAUUUCAUGUCUUUUUCAUUCUUGGUCUACACAUUAUUUAGAGUCUCUGAACUUUACUCUUUUAUUCCAAAA